UGUGGAUGGACAUAGAAUAGCAUGAUAUUUGUGCGCUGCAACUUAAAUCAUCGAUCAAUAUUUAUAUAAGCGAGACCUUCGAACAGACGUUUAAUAGUCAUUUGGCGGAUAUUGGUGUAUUUGGUUUGUAAGACGCGGAAUAUUUUUAAAGAGAUGGCAAGCGGCGAAGGCAGACGGCUUCAAAACGCAUGGAGGGCCCCCGUGGACGUCUUUGGCCCCGGGGAAAAGUCAAUAAAGUCCCAAAUCCAGUCUCAGACGAUGGACUACGAGUUUUCGGCCGACCUGUGGGAGCAAGCGUGUGCUGUCGUGGAUGAAGUUUUGGAUAUCAUUCUUUCUGAGCUAAAAACGCAGGCACAAAAAAUGUCUGAGAACUUGGAGAUCGACGUCAGAUUUAUUCGUCAAGCAAGUGCAAGACAAGGGUUAAAAAUUGUGGCUCCAGAUGAGUUUGAUGCAAUUGUACCUUUCAAACUGAAAGGAUUAGACCUAAAAGAGGUACGGUUAAAAGAUACCGAUGGAAAAGUUCUUCCAGGGCAAAUGCGUAUGAGCGUUCAGAAUCCAUCUGCAAAAUCUGUCUUGACUGAACGUUUUCCUCGAUUGUACACACUUGGAGUAUUUCAGAUGGACCAAGGAACAUGGUUAAUUAACACCAAACUGUUGCAAGAAAAGGUGUUUAAAUCUUUAAUGGAUAAAACAUUAUCCAUUACAGAAGAUAGUUUAAAGAGAAAGGGGUACAAUGUCACACGUGGGUCGAGGCCACCAACUAUGAACAUCAAAUUUUUUUCAAAUCUACCAUUUCCGAUUGAUGUCGACUUUGUUCCAGGACUUUACCUGGGAGAUGAGGCUGUUACGAUUCCCGAUUCGGUAACCACGCAUCCAGGAUCAAUUAGGAUGAACUUUCCGAGAUUCGGUCUUAUGAAGUGGAUUAGCAAAGAAAAUCCCCGCAUGCGUGAACAAGACAAGGAUGUUAUUUGGCGGAAUUGUUCGUCGUCAUAUGAAAGGUACAUGUUUGAUAUGUGCUUAAAUAACAGAGAACGACUGUACAUUGUCACUGCAUGUCGCAUCAUGAAAGCCGUCGUCAAGACCCUCAGAAAAAGACAAAACCAUGCCGCCAAUUUGCUGACGUCAUAUCACCUCAAAACGAUCGCCAUGUAUUGCAUACAGCUUUUGACAGUUCCAACGGUCACACCGCCUGGCUUUCAUCUUGGGGGUGUUCGCGAGGCACUUGGUUACUUUUUGAAGUUUUUGAAACUGGUUUUCGAUAAGGAGACUCUGCCAGAGUUUUUCCUUGGAAACGAGUACUUGGGAAAAAUAUUUCCAGACUCUUAUUUUGCAAAUGAACACAGAAAGUACAACCUAUUCGACAAAGAGAAUCCCAGACAAGUGGAGGCGGCUAAAUAUGGCUUUGGCGGUAUGGAGGCAAUAUUGGAGGGCUGUUAUACAUAUGCAAGUCUCAAUGAAUCAGUGAUCAGAUGUUUUGAAAACAGAGUGCUACGGAUGUGAUUCGUUUGACGAUUAUCAGUUACAAACAUUCAAGAUUCAAUUGAUAAAAUUUGUCUCUUUUUAAAAGUGCUUGUUUUAUUAUGACGUCAUCAUUUAUUUUACCUUACUUUACUUUUCCUUUACCUUGUUAAUUUAAUUACAAUGCUUGAUGUAAAUAUGAAUUCUAUUAAAAUCAAUUUUAAACGAAUAAAUUUACCUACGCGUUUUAUAAUUGAUUUAAAAACCAAAUAAAUUGUUUUUGUAGUUUUUACUUUGAAAUAAAACCCCGAUUUACUUAUUAUUGAAGGAAUUAUUAUCUUUAACUUCAGAAACCUUAGGGUCUUUAUUGACUUUUUUGUCCUUAAUUCAUGAAAACAAAGAACUUAGUCGGAUCCUUUAAUCACUGCAUACUAUGUUAAAGGGCGCUCAAUCUUGCAACAUGAGCUAUAUGGGUGUCUGUGUCAUUGAUAAAUAAGAAUAAAAUAGUGUUAUGACUUGUUAACGUUGUUUUAAAUGUACACAUAUAUUUUGUAGUUAACACUGUGUAAAAAGAAUAACACUAUUGUAAAAACUCAGUGUAUAGAUUGUUAAAUCAAACACAAUAUUAAUAAUUAGUUAGCUUUUGAAUUAUUAAUCCUGAAUGUUCAUUCAGUUCAUGCUUGUGUACAAUCCAUUUUAUUCGGAAUAAAACCAUAAAAACGC